AUGGAAAACGAUGAGCUGACCAGCUUGCAAUGUCUGUUUGCAGUAUACUGCGAGGCCUACGAGACUGGCAAGCCGCUACAACAGUUUUCCACAACAGAGUCGGAGCUGCAACUCAAGGCCAAAAAGUACAUUGAACAUGAGAAUGUGCUUCGUCAGGUCUACCAGGCCCACGAACACCUUUCAGGAAGCAGAGAGAAGGACGAGGAAGAGCAGUUGAGUACCAAACUUCAAAAAGCAGACAUUCCCAGUCUAUGGACUCUACCGCAUGGCCCAGAACGUAUCAUGAACGUGGCCGUAGCUCUUUACAUUUUGUUUGGAGACAAGGUGGAUCCGAUUGCGUUUGCCUGUGAGAAUGGUUGCACCCAGAACCACGAAUGGUGGUAUUUGAUGGAGUAG